GAGUCAGAACCCGUCGAUGAUGGCGAAAGCCUCAUCCUCAGCGAGCCUGUAUACAGUGCAAAUUUUACAGCUUAUGAUUGCGUCGAUCCGUUCGCCACGACACCUGUUCAAAUCACCAGCCAAGUACACACUGUCCUUGAGUAUUUGCUGAAGGUGUAUACCUACUCGGGCAACAACUACAAGUUGGCGCACUUACCGCAGCAUCUAGGGGCUACAAUGCCACGAUUUCCCAUCAGAGCCGUUGUUCAGCGAAGUGUAUACAAAGAACACCACCUUUACUCCUUAAUGGCCGCGACGACCGCCCGAAUGAAGCACGUUUUCUUCGCGAAUAGUCCCUUCUCAGAUCCCAAACAGAUUCGCGACAUUGCAAUGCACCACCUCCGAAAGGAAUUGGUAGCAUGUGCAAGAUCAGGCAUUGUGGAUAAGCAAACCAUCCUGGACCUGCUUUACUUGGUGGUGAAUGAAAUACAAUAUGGGUAUUUCGAUGAUGCAAGGAGACAUCUACAAAUCGUCGGCAAGCUCUAUCAAUUACUGAACAUGAAUGAAUACCUUGACCGGUGGAUAUCAGAGACCGCUGCCCAUGUGGAUAAUCAGCUAGCUUUAUCAACAGGCAGGCGUCCGGUUCUACCGUACGAGUUUGACCCCGGGCCAAUGUUACCAGAACGGAUGGGGAUAUUGAAACGAGAAGCGCGAAGACUGUUGGCUUUUGAAUGUCCAUCUCCGACGAGAAUGCUGGUGCCCAAGGCGCCCCAAGGGCUGAAUGACGCAGUUGCCGACCUUGCCGCGACGCUCGACCCAAGGAUGGGCUAUCGAUUCAGCCUCGCUUUGAAAAUCGGUGCAUUCUCCGGCAAGCUUGCCAACGUGGUGUCUGACCUCGUUGAUUGUAUUGAGAUCGCGAAGGUGGUCUGGCUUUCUCCGUUGGCGGUUUGCUUUGACGCAGAGUGGCUGUGCAGAAAAGCACGAGCAGUGCUCCGCGCGCUCCUGGUCCUCGCACCAGAAAACACCACGGGGCCCAUCGAUUUAUACAGUAAAUGUACGGAAAAUGCGAGAAUGUGCCUGAUGAUCCUGAUGACACACGCCUGCACCAUGAUCGGAUUCCAAACCGCUCGAUUAAAUGUACAGCGCCUGAAAGAAUCGAGCCGCGCAGCGCUGGAGUACUGGUGCCCCUCAAUCGGGUGGACAUUUGAGUGUCAGCCCUGUGACCCCGACAAGCGUCUGCCUACGUUCCAGGACACACAAGCCGGAUUCGUCCUCUGGGCCAUGUUUACCGGAAUCUGGUCCGCUGAGGGCGUAGCGGAGGAAGGGUGGUUCAUGGUGCGGGCAAUCAAUAUGUGCCGCUACUUCGGCUACUCUACCUAUGAAGACCUGAACGACCACAUGUCUCACUACCUCUAUUCGAAGUCGUUGCAAGAGGUGAGUCUCCGCAAGGCUGCUCAGUUCUUGAAG